GCUCUGCACUCUGCUUGGCGUCCGACGCCGCGCCGCACCGCCACGAGUCGUCGCAGUCGCCGCUGUUGUUGUUUUUGUUGUCGCUGUUAUUGUUUUCGUUGUCGCUGUUGUUGUUUUCGUUUUCGUCGUUCUGCGGCCCCGUGGAAAUGACGAUUUCACCGUCGCCGCUGGUGCAGCAGCAAGCGGUCGCCGUCACCGUGGCCACUGCAACUGCUGCGUUCAGAUUGUCGCUGGUGAUAUUGCUGCUGUUGGACGUCGGCACUGCGUCCGCGUCUAUAUGCAAAUCCGGACUGUGCACCCGCGAACAGUAUUGCUGCGGUGACGGCAAGUGUUGCGACAACGUGUACAGCCUCUGGUACUUGUGCGGAGGUGUAGCCGUCAUGCUGUUCGUCGUCGGUUCAUUUUGUCCGGUCAUUAGACAGUGCUGUUGUUUCCGGACCCCGGUGAUCGUCAAGUACGUCCCGGUACCCACGUCACCGACUAAAUUCAAAUAUUCUGAUCAUGAAAAAUGCACCAGAGUGGACGUGACGCUACCUAUGCCGCCUCAAGCCACCACGAUGGACGUCACGAACUGCAUAUAACACACAGACACAGCACUACUAAACACAGUACCUACACAUAUUGUAAUAUAUUAUUAUUAAUACUAUUGUUAUUCACGAUAAUCGCGCUGUACACGCGGUCAUGUGGAAUGUUGUUCCCCCUCUUCCUUCACCACAACCGGCAAGACAUCGUGUCUUAGGAGUGUACCGGGAUAAUAUAAUAAAUAUUAUAAAUUAUAAUUAUUAAUAAUACAUUAUUUACCUAUGUAAUGGGUAAUAUGAAAAUUUAGCGUAGAAGUUAGAACGCGUCUAUUUUCGGAAUUAUGAACGAACGGAUGAAUCCCGUCAUCGUACAUUUUUCUAACUACCUAUUUUAAAAUAAUAUAGUAUAACUAAUGGCUGACGCGAGUCAUCGUUGUGCACUUCUCAAUACACAAACGCCCUAUUUAUAGACAGACACUUUAAGCUGGUACACCUAAAUCAGUCAAUAUCCUCGUGUAUGUAGGUACAUAUGAAUUAUAUGCCGUCGACACGUCUUACAAGUGCAUUUUCAAACGCUGUAGUGCACUCGUAGUCUCGUCGUUUAUAUUUAUUUAUACAAUAGUCUGAACUUUUAAUAUUAUGCUGAGUAGUGCGAUAAGAUUUUGUUGGUUGUUCUCAGUUAUUCCAUUCGUCUCGUGUUAUGUAAUACAAUUAUAAUAAAUUUAAUUUAAAUAUUAUAGUACAACGAUACGAAAAUUGAUAAGAUUAUGACUUACACACGUCUUAAAGUUAAAAAAAAAAACUUCCGAAAUUCUAAAUACUUAUAAUAUGUACACAUUAAAACGAAUAAAUAGUCAAAAACUAUUUUAGAACUUUGACGUUAAUUUAGACGUAAUAGUAAUUCAAAAACGAGCUGCAAUGUAUAAUUGUAGGGUCGAGUGAAUACAUUUUGUUAAGUGACAUUAUCCAUACGGUUUUUCUAACUUUUCACACCUUUGUCAAUGUUACGUGGUGGCACGCAUAAUGAUAUCACCUUAUCAACGCGUGUAUCUCGGAAAAUAUUAUGACUCGAAUGAACACGCAUUGACAAUCGCAUUCGGUUAUCCAUACUAACGACUAUACGAGUACAAUAACAUCAAUAACCCUUCAAUUUUACGUUUAUUUUCAAUUCAAUUACCGGAGUUUUUAAAUUAACACCUACCGAAUAAAUAUUAUAAUACAUGAGCUGUUUAUAGUACGCGUGUGAAUAUUGUGUCACAAUUUUAAGUGAACAAAAUAUGGACAGCACUAGGUACUUUAAUAAUAUUAAAUCUCCGUCCAAUUAUGUAUAACUAUCUACAAGCCAAUCGUAUAACUACAAACACACACACACACAUACACAACGUCAAGUAUUGUUAAUAUAAUUAUAUAUAACAUAAUAUGAAAGAUGAUUCACCAAGUAUACUCGUCCUAAUUUUUUCAUUUAACAAUGAAUUUAUUCAGAUUUCAAACCCUGAAUGUUUAAAAAUUUUAAGUAUAGAUACUUAAGGUCUGCCCUCUGCCAAUAUUUUUAAUUUUUAAUUUUGUUUUUUUUAUCACAUUUGAGGAGUGUCUUGUGGUGAAUAAAACUGAUUUAUUCCAAAUGAGAAUUACCCUUGGCAAUUUUCUACUCUAUUAUUAAUAGACAACUUUUUUUAUGUCGAUAUUCGUAACAAAAUCAAAGUUCAAACGAGUAGUUUUUGAGUUAUUUGACUUUAUGUCUCUGUAGCAAUAACUAAAAAAAAGUUUGUAUCGCCACGGGAUUCUCCUUAAACGGGAUAAAAAUCUAAAUAAUUGAAAAUAAUAUGGUCCUUAAGCGUACUGUAUGUACAAAUCCUAGAAAUCAAAUCGAAUAAUUUAUUGUAAAAGAAAAAAACUGGGGAUUACUAUUAGUAAUCACUGAACAUGCUUCAAUUGUUGUGUAUACAAGUGGUUUCAAAAAAUAAUAUAUUACAUAUGAAUUGUUUUUUCAUACGAGUCAGAAACCAACGAAUGUCGAGUCAAUCAGAUUUUAAUGACUACAUAAGCGCCGGCAACGGCAAAAGCGGGGCCGUCGAGUAUUUCGCGAGGAGUGAUGAAUGAUGACUAUAACGACCGGUCAUUUUAAAAAUUAAUUGUUUUGUUUUGAUCAUAAAAUCGGAUUUAUUACAUUUCAGAUUAUUUUAUAAACAACUUGUUCCUUUUUUUCUUUUUAAAAUACUUUUUAUUCUUUUUCUGAUUACUUAAUUUCAAGUGUGUGUACUAAAGGCGUUUAUGGUGAGAAAACACUUUUGUAAAAGAUAGCAAAACACUGUUAUACUUGUAGCUUUCUCUUCCAGUACCCGUUAUCGUGAUCAGUUGUCGAGAGUAAGACUACCUUUUUAGUCAUAAAGGGUAAAUCCUGCGGGGUGUUGUUAAAUUAUCGUUUUGUGCAGUACUCAUUAUCGUGAUCACUAAAACUAAAAAGAGAAUUAAAUAAGUUUUUACCGUGGGUAUUAAUACAUAUUAUUUAAUCAUUUGAUGGUAUGGGAAUCGGAAAUCGAAAAAUAUCUGUUAUAAUAUACUACGUCAAGCCUUAGCGUGGCAUAUACGACACAAUAUUUGGUGAAUCAUCCCAUGUAUAUUAUUAUUAUUACUAUUUAAAAUGUAUUUUAUGUUUGGCAUAAUAUAUACCUUGAAUACUUCCUACUCGAUUACUAUCCGAAAAUAUUAUAGUAGGUUGCAUUCAAGAGUAGGUAAAAAUACCUCUACCUACGACCUACCUAUGAAAUUACGAGACAUUCGAUAAAGACACAACGGCAGACGGCAUAUUGAUUGUUAACAUAUGUUAUAUAUACGUAAUUUUAUAAUAUGUAGUGGGUCAGUCACGAACAUUUAAGUAUAGGUAUUGUAAAUUAUAUAAUAUUGCAUAACAAUGCGUAUCUACGAUGCGUUCCGUUCGAUUUUCUAUGUCUAUACUCUAUAACCUAUGUAGAUAUUUUCAAAGGGACCGUUAGAAUUUACGAAACUAUGGUCGAUUUGUUUCGAUAUGGGGAGAGGGGGCUAUAUGUAGUUCCGACAAAAAAAUUAAUACGUACAGUGUAAUAAUAAACUGUAUUAUAUUUUAUACAAAAAUUCACAUCAAGCCUUUAACAAUGUAAAACAAAGUUUGAGCAGGCUAAACUAUUUCUGGUUAUAGAUCUGUUAAUAUAUUUAUUUAUAAACCUAUUUACAACAUAUGAACCUAAAUACUUGACUUGUUACCCGUAUAUCUAAAAAGGUUUAAAAGCGUGUUUACUUUCACCAAUUUGUCAAUUUUCGGCGUAUUUUGUAAAAACAUGUAAAAUAAUUUAGUGUUAACAUUUAUAUCAACACCAUUAACUAUCAAUCAAUUUUUUAUCAUAAUAUGACCUUCUCUGUGAAAAUAAUACAAUUUUUUAAAGGAACUAAUAUAUUAUACAAUCAUUUUAACAUAGGUAGUUAGCGGAAUAGAUUAGGGAGUAAUAGAGAUCCCUCCCAAUCCCAAAUGACUAUAUUAACUGAGCAUUUAAAUGCCAUGAUUAUUUUUCUCAAAUUCUUUGUGUCAAAAUGCCAAUGUCAUUCAACCACAGACGCUUUUGUGUUUGAAAUUGACAUUUUAAGAAUAAUAAGUAUAAAGUAGGAAAUUACUUAAUUAUCAUUUAAGGGUUAUGUUAAUUUACAUAAAUAAGUAUAAGAAAAGUAUCAGUAUUAAAAGUUAAAACAUUAUAUGGCUGAAUUAAUUUGUGAAAGAUAUAUUUUUUAAUGUAAUUGUAAGACUUAAAUAAUGGUUUAUAUAAAUCAUAUAAUAUAAUAACUGUUACCUAUGUAUACUAGUUUAAGAGUGCGAAUAAACAUUUUAUUUGCCAAAAAUAAAAUGUUGUUGACUAUUA